UCCGAUUGUCUGUGGGUAUGUAUAGAAAAGUCACUCAUCAGCAGACAAAACGGGAUCUCAUGAAUCCAGGGAGAAGGGCAUUCAAUCCAAUCGCCUAGCUGGCUGUCAAAUUACAUGUAGCGUAAUGUCAACAAUAGAAGUUUGCUGUUGAAGAACGGAUUGAAAUAGGCAGGAAAUAGUGGUGUAACAUUGGCAAACUGCAUUGGACUCUGUGCCGGUUUUUUGUUUUCGCAAGAACGUAAUCCCGUCCGUGUUUGUCGUUUGAUUUAUUGGGCUGUUCCUCAGCGUAAGCGUACAGUGUUGGCACUUUUCACCGGAUUUCUGUCUGCAAGGGAGCCAUGUAGAUGUUGGAACUGUUAAGCUUAAUGAUAGGUGUAUUGUGUGCGAUGUUGUUUUCUAAAGGUACCAUAUUUGUGGUAUUUGUGGAUAAUAUGUUGGCCGACCUCUGUUCCUUGGUGUUGUACUCUCUCUACCAUUGACACAUUCCUGUCCUUCCUGUACUGUGGUUGCAGAAUUAAAACGGUAGCUUCGAAAUGUAUUCAAAAGUGCUGAACUAUCCUACGGCUAGCAACAAUACGAACGCACAUGCACGCUUCGUGGCCAGUUCCUCAGAGGCAGUUUCAACCAGUACAAGCGCGAGAUCCUCUUCUUUUAACUACGACAACCUAAGCUACGACGAUAUUCUCUGCACGGUCUGCCGAUCGGUUCUGAACGAGCCGGUGUUUCUGCCGUGCCAACAUCUGUUUUGCCGUAAUUGCAUCCUUGAAACGGUUGAAACAAACAACCUGUACUGUCCAUGCUGUAGGAAACGGUUCGGUACAUGGUAUCGUAAUGCUUCCCGUGCCAACGAGCUCGUACACGAGCAGCUUUGGCGAGCAAUCCAAAGCCAGUUCCGUGAACACCUCGAUGAAGACAACCCGUCUGGUUCGUCAAAAGGUACCACGGCACACUUAACGAAACCCUUAUAUACAGACCCGCCAACAUCCACCAUAAAAUUGGCCAAUCCCGGAGAAAUCGGAAAGGAGUAUAAAGACGAAUUGAAACGUUUCCAGAAGGAACUUCUUGAGGAAAAGACAAAAGAACUGUCCGCCUCCGAACAGUACAUUAUCAAUUUGUACAAACAGGAAGGUAUCAUUGACCUUGCUGACAACAGCAGCCAUGUUUCUGUGUCCUCAGCGACCACUCCCGAUCUACUAGAUAGUGUUGGUGGUGAAAAAUGUACAACCGAAGUACAUGCGCCAACCAGCUCCGGUUCUGCGGCUGGUCCAUCGACGGUACAUAAACAAACUCUGCCAAACUUAACCCUUAACGGAACAAAGGCGCCCGGAUCAUUCAAUCCUAUCUCACCAUCGACAGGAAGUGUUAUUUCCAUUUCCUCAACGUCAUCCGCUGCGUCCGGCGUGACAGCUUCAUCGUGCGCUACGUCGUCCGCCUCAGGACGCUACAGUUUAAUCAAAUCCGUUGCCCAGAAGGUCGGCCGUUCGGCAGAGAUCGUAAAACAAAAAGUGCAGGACACAAUCUUGCAUCGAUUAACUGCGGGAAAAUUGCAACAGCAUCAACGAACAUUAAACGCCAUCGAUCUCAACAAAAGCGAACUGUGUGUCAAGCCAACUGCAGUGCACAAGCUCGAACGUCGUGGUGUGGAGGGCGACGGAACCGAAUGCGACGAUUCGGACAGCUUAAAAUCGGAACAAAACCACUUCAUUCCUAUCAUACAAUCGAUGCCGAAAAGCAGCUUCUCGUGCAAUACAUUUCGACGUGUCCCUACUGUCCGACCUGUUCCAUCGCCGCUAAAAUAUGAAUCAUCUCCGAAGAGCAGUUCGUUUCAGCCGUUAAAACACAAAAGAACGUUGUCGGCAUUUAAGGUUGUGAAACUAUCAGUUCUAACUCCCCCGCAUAAUCCAUGGGAGGAAAGCACCGAGCAGUCAUCUGUGUCCCUGGUUCCUUUGACCUUAAAGAAGAAAGGCCCCACCAGUACACCACGUAAACGUGGUCGUCCUCGUCAUAUAAAGCUCAAGUUCACACCCAGCAAAAUUCAGAAGCCUUCGGCAAAAAAUGCAAACACCGUAAGUUCUUCUUCUAACAGUCGUACCAAACAAACAGCUGAAGAACGGCCGACCACUAUAAAGGAAAUUAUAGUGAGCGAUCAGCAACGUCGAGAGCAGCAGAUUGAAAUGGAACGGCGUGAUUUUGAGUUUGCUCAGAAGCUGCAACAAAAGUUAAAUCGGUCGUGUGGUGUAAUGCAAGAGAUACUAAGACAGCAUCCUCCGAUUUAUCGAAGUACUGGCUAUUCUCUGCGCCGCAAAGGCCCUGUAGACAGCUGCAGUGAAACAACGUGCAACGCCAGUGGCAGUAGCAGCCAAAACAACAACACAAUGUUCAACGGAUCGGUCAAUAGCAUGCUUAGUCCCAGCAGCACAAAGAAAACGUCCGCUCAAACGACGCGCAAACGUAAGGCUACCAGCAGCAGUGUAGAAAACGACGUUCCAUCUAGUUCCUCGCCAACCCAGCGGAUUACGACACAAAUGAGAACCAGACGUCAAACGAGACAGAUUAGAAAGAAAAAUGAGAACGAUUCUAGUCUUGAUGAAGCGACAGAUCAUCCGGAAGUACAGCAAAAGCAUUUGUGUCCAGCACCACUGCGUAAGUCUACUAGAAAUAAGACACGUUAACGGAAUGGUCUUGUUACGAUUCCUUUGAAAAUAGUGGAAACGCGUGGAAAAUUAAUGGUUCCAUCGAGUCCACUAAAUCAAAAGCAUGAACUGUCUUUUUGUUGGUAAUCAUACACUUAACAAGUUUAAAUUGACAUUCAGCUUGGUGUAUCCCUUUUGCAUUCUGAAUCGAUGUUUCUGUAUAAAACAGGAUGAGCGAAAUGAUAAUCCAACUAGGAUAUUUAAACUGGAAGGCGACGUCGAACAUUUCGAGUCACCCCGGGGUAGAAAUAUAUUUUGGAAGCAAAGUAAUACUCCAUUUGAAAAUUUUUAAUUUGGUACGUACGUGAAACGUGGUCCUUGCGUCUAAUUUAAGUAAUUAACCCGUAUGUUUAAAACAUCGCAAAACGUUUUGUUGAAAUACAGUUCUUGUACCUAUCUACUCUCACUAUACAUUAUAAACACCUCGAGGCGGUCACAACAAUCAAUGCAUGAUUUUGUGGAACAUCCAUCGCAAAAGCAGUUUUUUUAUUGUCGCUGCAUAAUUAUCAUACCAUUGGUCCGGCAAAAAAGAAUAGGUAACGAACAGUACCAGCAAUUCAGGUGUAUGUAAAUGUGCAGAAGAAACAAUUUUGUCGAUCGGAUUCCAAUACGUAGUUAUGUAUAAUUUUUAUCGACUAUACUUUAUGCACUAGAAUGUCAUGUGCGCAAAGGAUUCAGAUUGUGGUACUGGGUGGGUAUCUGCAUCUCGCACCGUUGCCCGUAAUCUUCUAAUUCGCAUUCUACAACAUUGCAUUUACGAUAGAGAAAUGUAGGCCAUAUUCCCUAAACCGAUGGUUUGUGUGCAUGGUUUAUUUGCGUAAGAAAUCGUUUUUUUUUUUUACAGAUCAAACAAGGUGUUGCAAUUUUAAGAGUCGAGAUUUUAGAAACGUGUGUCCGAAAUGCGGAUUUUUCUGCAUUAUUAAUGCAAUUGCGCAAGCAAACAAAACUCAAACUAAAAAAUAAGCCACCAUAAAAGAUACACUCGGAAAAAGCAAAAUAAAGUUAUCAUCAUUAUAAAA